UUUUAUAGGAAAUUAUAGAGGUGUACAUUGGAGAUGCUCUUAAUUAGCCUUGAUUUAACGAAGGAAGAAUCAACGUCAUGUGGAAGUCCAUGAAAACACCAGCUUACAAAACACAGGCCAGUUAGGAAAUGACAGCGUCAAUGUAAUGGGCCAAUCGUGAUAAGCUUUCGUGAUAAAAGACAAUCGUCGAAACAUAGGCUGAGGUAUAGCUUACGUGUCAGUUUUAGAAGUAUCCACUGCGGAAAUAGCUUUUUAAAAAAAGAAUAGAAGAAAAAUCAACUUUAUGAUUAUAGAGAUGUUUCUAUGAGAUACAUGUACUAAAUGAUUCACCACCAAGUAUUUAGUUAACUUCUUUGUGACCUCUAUCCUUGUUUUUCCUUUUUUUUUUUCUUUUACACAAAGUCACAAACUUGUCUUAUCAGACUUUGACGAGGAUUUUGAACUAGUAUAUGCCAAGUUUCAAGAUGACAAAAUAGAUAGACUUGGUGUGAAGUCAGCUUUGAAUCCUUCAAAUACCCAGCACCGGUGGAUCAAUUUAUUUGGGCGUUUUCAAGUUGUAAGAAUGGUUUAUGAAGCAUUAGUUAGACGGUUAAUUCCAAGAAAAACUCAAAGUCGUCGACAAAAAUUUUAUUCGAUAAAACAAAGGAAGUACAUGACCCAAAAACACCAAAAAAGAAUGUAGUGUUAAUAACACACUCCUCUGUACUUACUUCACAAUGUUUUGGUGUGAAAAUACAUAUUAGAUGUUUGAAGAAAAUUCAAACAAACAAGUGAACUAUCAGUAAAUUUAUCAAAGUUUUUGUAACAUACUGGUUUGUGAGAUAUGAAAAGAUCCGAGAGAAUUGAUUUGUAUACUUAUGGCACCAAAAUGCAUUUAUCUUUUAGGGCACACAUCUGUUUAGAACUCCAGAAUUAAGCGUGUUUGAGCUGGAGUUACGGAAGAAUCGAUGAACUAUCGGGAAAUGAUUCCCGAUAUCGUGCGAGUCAGGCCAAAGUACAAAGAAAUAUCAUGUGGUGAUUGCAGCGUCAUUAAAUAAAUAUUUCAAACCUUUAGAAUAUUAAAACAUUGUCCGUCGGAUGGGAUGUGGUCUACAGACCGAGUGAACAGACGUGGAUGACCUAUUAACCGUGGACGGUAGGAGUGUUACAGUUUUAUUCGCAAACAAUUUUUUUCAAUAUAUUGCAAUCCUUUUUGCCAAACAACAUCAAAGACAAUGAGUGCAUGUGCACCCAUAAUUUUUUUUUCAAAAUUUUAUAUUUUGUAUGUUAAAAUGAGAGGAAAAUUCUAGAUAAAAUAUAAAUUUCUUUUAAUUGCACCUAUUGAUUCACUUUUUACACUGUGUACCCAUAAGAAAUUAAGUCUAGAUUCGCCCCUGAAUUUCUUUACUAGAAACUGAUUAUCUUAUGCAAAAGUUUUUGCGUGGUCAAUUUUUUCAUAGAUCAUUCUAGUUGCAUACCCAAUGUCAAAACCUACCAAUUUUACCUGAAUGAGUUCCGACAACCAGUAAUGAAAACUAACCAAAAUCUACUCAACAUAAAUAAGGUUGUGCAAACAGCAUGGUUCCAUAUAACUUAUGUGGUGUCAUUGUGGUACGUUCUAGAUUAAUGAAAUUUUCUUUUGUCAUGAUCGAAUUCCAAAAUCUCAUACACGACGAUUUUGAGAAACUGGAUUGUUGAUAUUAACAACAAUUUAAUACAUAAACCGAUUAAAACAGAAAUAAACUCUACAUAACAGAGAAAAUGGUCAUCUAUUGGAAUCGUCCACACUUGAAUGAACAGAACAACAGAUGCUUAACAUCACAGGUCAUGCUGAUACACUACCAUAAGUGUCGCUUGAAGAGACUACGUAAACAUGUGGCGUAACUGUACCGAGUUGUCCCGCUUCAAUGAGUAUAAGAGGAAGAUGAGAUCUCGUCGUGGUGUUCCAGCUUGGAGAAGCUGAUUUGAAUUGGAUCUGAAAUCUCAUCUCCCAACUUCUAUCUUCGUGAGUUCGAUUCAGAAUCACGGUCUGAUCAUCACCCGGACGAGGAUAGUCUUCUCCAAACGAAUUUGACUCUGAUUGCGUUGACGUGUCCUCUGAGUGAUGUUGGUGAUGAUCGAUAGACAGCUUCCGCAAGUUCCAUGAGCGAGUUGUAGAUUGUGACUUGGAUAUGCUCUUGUACCACAAGGCUCUUCCUCUAAAAGUAAAAACAAAACUAACAAAAAUAUAUAAAUGUGUACAUAAAAGAAAUUUAAUUAGAUAAUUUCUAAACUUUCUCACCUAACCGAAUGAAAAAGAGACAAGUCAAUCAAACCAAUUUAAGUUCUAAACCGGAAUGUACUAAAAUAUACACAUAAAAAUGUCUAUUGGUACCCUGAAAAGCUCUUUGGUCGAAUAGUCGUCAUAUUUUGCUACGUGUAAACUUAAUAACUUUUCUUCUCUUACUUUAUAUAUCUCUCUAACAUGUAAAGAGAAAGAAGUUUCACACAAAGAAAAGUUUGAAAAAAAAGAAGAUAUUAAAGGUUUUAGAGAAGUGAAAAAAAGUGGUGGCCAUGGAGAAGUAUGAGAUGGUGAAGGAUUUAGGAUUUGGUAAUUUCGGAUUGGCUCGGCUUAUGCGUAAUAAAAAAACAAACGAGCUUGUGGCUGUCAAAUUCAUAGAUAGAGGAUACAAGAUAGACGAGAACGUUGCAAGAGAAAUCGUCAAUCAUGGAUCUCUCAAUCAUCCCAACAUUGUUCGGUUUAAAGAGGUUGUCUUAACUCCGACACAUCUUGGAAUUGUAAUGGAGUAUGCAGCUGGAGGAGAACUGUUCGAUCGGAUAUCAAGCGCAGGACGAUUCAGCGAAGCUGAGGCCAGAUAUUUCUUUCAACAACUCAUUUGCGGAGUGUAUUACUUACAUGCAAUGCAAAUAUGCCACAGAGAUCUGAAAUUAGAAAAUAUUUUGCUUGAUGGAAGUCCAGCACCCCGUCUAAAAAUUUGUGAUUUUGGCUACUCGAAGUCUUCUAUUCUGCAUUCAAACCCUAAAUCAACGGUGGGGACUCCGGCAUAUAUAGCCCCGGAAGUUUUUGGUCGUUCGGAAUACGACGGGAAGUCAGUUGAUGUGUGGUCUUGUGGAGUGGCACUCUAUGUUAUGUUGGUAGGAGCUUACCCUUUCGAAGACCCUAAAGAUCCCCGCAAUUUCCGAAAAACUGUCCAGAAAAUAAUGGCUGUUAAGUACAAAAUUCCAGGAUAUGUUCACAUAUCUGAAGAUUGCAGGAACUUAUUAUCUCGUAUAUUUGUUGCUAAUCCAUCACAUAGAAUUACGCUCAAAGGGAUUAGGAGUCAUGCAUGGUUCCUUAAGAAUUUGCCAAGAGAACUAAAGGAAUCCGCCCAAGCAGUCUAUUACCAAAGGAAUGUUAAUCUUACUAACCUUUCUCCUCAAAGAGUAGAGGAGAUUAUGAAGAUACUUGGUGAGGCAAGCACCAUUCCAGACCUUUCACGCCCACUCGAAUCCCUUGAAGAUGGUGAAAAAGAUGAUGUUGAAGAAGAAGAAGAAUAUUUGGAUGCUAAUGAUGAAGAAUGUGAUGAUGAGUAUCCAUAAACAAAAAUAUUACUAAUAUUGUCUAAUACUUGUAAUUUUAUUUUUGAAUUUCGGUUUUAAGUUACUAAGUUAAGAGAACAUAAGAAACUAAAAUAAAAUAUAUUUUGAGUAACAAA